AUGGAAACGAGUAAAAGAAUGAGUACCAAUAGCAUCAAAUUAUUGGCUGGUAACUCUCAUCCCGAGCUAGCUCAGAAUAUUGCUAGAACCCUUGGGUUGCGCUUGUCCAACAUCGGAGUUUACCAGUACUCUAAUCAGGAAACUUCUGUCACUAUCGGGGAGAGUAUACGUGAUGAGGACGUGUACAUUAUUCAAACUGGUACAGGGGAGCAAGAGAUUAACGAUUUCUUGAUGGAAUUAUUGAUUAUAAUUCAUGCAUGCAGAACAGCUUCUGCUAGAAGAAUCACUGCCGUGAUUCCGAAUUUUCCAUAUGCAAGACAGGAUAAAAAGGAUAAAUCUCGUGCUCCAAUCACAGCGAAAUUAGUAGCACAGAUGUUGGAAACUGCUGGAUGUGAUCACGUCAUCACUAUGGACCUACAUGCUUCUCAAAUUCAAGGUUUCUUCCAUAUUCCUGUGGAUAAUCUUUACGCCGAACCAAGUGUUCUAAAAUAUAUUCAACAUAAAACUGACAUCGGUAAUGCGAUCCUUGUAUCGCCUGAUGCCGGCGGUGCUAAGAGAGUUGCUUCUCUGGCAGAUAAGCUAGAUUUGAACUUCGCGUUAAUCCAUAAGGAAAGACAAAAGGCUAACGAGGUUUCUCGUAUGGUGCUUGUGGGUGAUGUUACAGGGAAGUCAUGUCUAUUGAUCGAUGACAUGGCUGAUACAUGUGGUACCUUGGUUAAGGCGUCAGAUACACUAUUAGAGCAUGGUGCUAAGGAGGUAUUGGCCAUUGUCACUCAUGGUAUCUUCUCUGGAUCUGCAGAACAGAAAUUGAAGAAUAGUAAACUAUCAAGGAUCGUGUGCACUAAUACAGUUCCUGUCGACUUGGACGUUAAUAUUCUGGACCAAAUUGAUAUCAGCCCUACCCUAGCGGAGGCGAUCAGAAGAUUGCAUAAUGGGGAAAGUGUGUCAUAUCUAUUUACACAUGCGGCUAUAUAG